GUUGUCUACUACAAACCGAAUCGAAAUAUUUCUAUCUCGACUCGUCAUGUCAGUUACUCACUCGAACAUCUCUCACUACAAUAUGUCCAUUAAAUUAUACCUUGAAACUCGAAGUUGUCUCUCCACAAAAUACCACCAUUUAUCAACUAGCCGUGGAAUUAAAGUAUACUAAAGCAUUUCAUAUCAAUAUAACGAAUGAUCAAUCAACAGUAACAUUACCGUUCUAUUGCAAUAACAAAAAUCAGCAUAAUAUUCAUCGAAAUCAAAAGGAGCUAUUUGUCGGCAAUGCACAUUUUCUCCUCAAUAAACAAAUUGCCGAUCAGCAACAAUGCCAAUUCGAGAAAAAUCCCUAUCGAGUUCGUUUACGAGAAAAUGAAUUGUAUAAAGAUUUCCUCCAGUUAAAACCGAUUGUAUCGUGUUCAACGACGCCAAAUUAUCUGCUCGCAUCAUCGAAUUCCAAACGAAAUUUCGAAUACUUUCAAAUCGAUUCUUCCACCGGAUAUCUCAGUUUAAUUCAUUCCUUAGACUACGAGUCAACCACAACAUGGAAACUAGUUAUUCAAGGUCACGAUCGAUCACAUAUUCCAUUUUACACCUAUGUGAUCAUUGAAGUCGAAGAUAUCAAUGAUUGUUCACCGUUAUUGUCAUGGAAUUUUCCAUUGCAAACAAUCGAUAUUCUCAAUGACACCGAUUCAUUCGACAUUCACAUCGGCGUGCUCGAAUCUAAGGUUGAACAAACAAAUGUCAUCAUAGCAAAUCUAAUUGCGUCAGAUUUAGACGCGUUACCCUUUCAUUUUGAACUAAAAUUCAAUUCUUCGCAUUUAUUACCAUUUCAAAUUUACGGUCCGUUUGCUGAUUCAACAUUCGUACUAUCCACAACAACGAAACUCGAUCGGGAGCAUCAAGAUCAAUAUGUUCUACAUCUGAUUUUGUCUGAUAAUGGUCAACCGAAUUUGUCGUCAUUCUACCAAUUGACGAUUUCAAUCUUGGAUGAUAAUGAUAAUGCACCGAGAUUCGAUAAACCGAUUUAUUAUGUUGAUAUUCAAGAAAAUAAUCUAGUUAAUACGAUUUUACUGCAAGUGCAUGCAAAUGAUUCAGAUAAAGAUGAUAAUGGUCGAGUAACUUAUGAAUUAGAUGAUUAUUUUAAGAAUUUCAUUACAAUUGAUAAUCAAACAGGAAUUAUUCGAACAAAAAUCCAAUUUGAUUAUGAACAAAUGACUAAUUUCACAUUCAAUGUCACUGCUGUCGAUCAUCCCAAAACCGGACAACGAUUAAAAACCACUGCGGUUGUGUUUGUCAAUAUCAUCGAUCAAAACGAUAAUUUUCCAAAAUUCCCUCAAUCCACUUACGAAUUCUCCAUAUAUGAAAACAAUUCUCCCAAUAGUUACAUUGGUCAAGUAACUGCUUACGAUGCUGAUCAUUCUCCGUUAAUCUAUUCUCUCGAUAAUCCUUCCCCACAAAUCUCCUCCCUCUUCCAAAUUUCUCCUUCCGAUGGCAAAAUCUAUGCACUUAAUCCUCUUGAUCGUGAACAAUUUAAUCAGUACAUCUUUUAUGUAAUCGCAUCCGAUGGUCAGCACAAAUCCUCCCGGGUCAAAGUUCAUAUUAAUAUUCUUGACUUAAAUGAUGAAAUUCCUCGAUUUACAUUUCCUAAUGAUAAUAACGAUACAUUGAUUAUCGAUCGAACUUAUUGGCGGACUGAGGAUUCCAUUUGCCAAAUUGAUAUUCAAGAUCACGAUCAGAUUCCCAAUCAUACUCUCAUGCUUGUGAAUAGUCUUAGUCAAUUGAAAAACUAUGAUUAUCUAUCCGAACAGAAACCAUCGCUUCAAUUCGAUUCAUCAAAGUUCUAUCUUGAUAAAUACGGCAAACUCUAUUUCAAUUCCACAAAUUCAACGACAUUGAACGAAGGAGUUUAUUACUUAGCCUUCAGAAUCAUUGAUGGUGAUAAUUUUUUCGAUGAGAAAUUAUUAAAACUAAUCGUUGUUAACAAUUACGAACGUGUUCAAACAAUAGUUAAACUCUACGAUCAUCUGGGUUCACAUAUCAACAAUCGCUUUUCGUAUCUACAAUAUCGUUCGUCAUCACAUCAUCAACCGCUACCACAAUCACCAAAUCAUCACUCGUAUCGUUCACGUCAUCCAUCAUCUUUGGACGAAUCCAAUCGAUUUCUCGUUUUCAUUGUUAUUACUGUUCUAAGCAUUAUUCUCAUUGGUAUUACAUUUCUAUUCAUUUCCUUGAUCAGGAGAAAGGCAUUGCAACACAAGGAUUUGUUGAAAAAGCAAGAUUCAUUAUCAACAUCGUCAGCGUUGCAACAACAAUCGGAUAGUUCAACGAUGAAUUUAUUUAAAUCACCUACCCUCAACCCUCAUGAUAAACGGCAAAGUUUACGUGUUAGCAAUUGUUAUGAAUACAACGAUCUGUCCUCAUCACCAUCGUUACUCAUGUUGAACAAAGAUUCGAUCUUACCAACAUCCGUUCUCAAUGAUAAUUGUUGUUUAUUAGAAAAAUUAAAUGAAAAAGAAAUUUAUGACGAACAAAGAAGCAAAACUUAUUCUUCAUGGGUAUUAUCAACGACAACUCGUCCGGAGUCUCGUUAUUCCCAACGUAGUGCUGAUUCAUCCACUUUUCAUUCGUUAAAUCGUCUCUCUAUUCCGUCACAAAUCCACUCAACAACAAGUCUCUCUCAGCAACUAUGCUCACCUAAACGACAUUCGACUAUUACCUACGAAUCCACUGCAACAACAGUCACCACAAACUCAACGACUCAACCGGCAUCCACACCGACUGAUUACAGCGUAGCAACUGUUUCAUCUUCAUCAACAAAUAACUCUCCGCACACACCUGUUAGCUCCGAUGACGGCUUUUGUGGUUCAUCUGAUAUCUCGGAUCCACCAAUGCCCGUCGGAAGUAUGAAUUUGUUAACAUCUCAUGCACAUCAAACCUUCCGUCAACCGUACACAAUGAUGAAAGAAGGCAUUAUCCACAAAAGUUCGCAUUCACCAUCAUUUUCAGCAUUGAUUAAUCGUUUAAAUGACGUAUCAACACCAACGAAUAGUACGGAUACGACGCGACGUGUUCGAUUUAAUCUUGAAUCGGAAGAUAAACAUCAACAAAGGACUAUUCUACCAUUACCAACAUCGAAUUCGCCAGGUCGACUAGCAGAUCAUGCGUUAAGACGAUUUGAACAAUUGUACAUGAAUCGAGAUCAUGUUUUAGAUAAACAAUCGUUAGAUUCGACAAUCUUAUUUUCAAAUUCGACAGUCGUCUAG